GUUCAAUUUUCACAUUUGAUUGACUAUGAGCUCGAUAUUUUGGCAUGUUAUUUGAUCAUGGCUGCUCAUGAACGGCCGUCUACCAAAGCAUCCAUUGGAACAACAUUGCUUCAAAAAUUUGCUACUGUUUUGCCUUUGGGCGCCAGCUUCAAAGCCUAUCACCUCUCUACCCCUCCGUCUCGAACCUCUGCAAUCUAUUCUGCCCCUCCAGGAGCUCGUCCUGAUCGAACGUACUGUGAAAGUCACUUCCUAGCCGUCUCAAUUCGAACACCUGCCAAAGAUGGUGCCGAUUCAAAGGAGGUGUUAGCUUUUGCGAUCGAGAUCCUCAUUUAUUCGACGGCAUACGACACAACGUUCUUUGUAUCCAAGGCAGACUCGACCGGAUUCCUGCAUCACUUGGGUCUGCCAGAGAAGGCUCCGUCCCCAAUCCGAGACAUCAGUGCGACCUUCUUACGACAUCUCGUCCAGACACAUCAAAGGCCGAACGUUCGCAGCGUUGUAUCUCUUUUUGCCCGAGCACAGGACCAAUACCUCUUUCCUGGAAGUGUUGAAUACAGCGGUAAACAUGUGCUAGAUGACAGAGGGUUGGUGCGUUGGUGGUGCAAAGUCUUGGAUCCAUUGCUAGAAGAGUCCAAAGCGCUGCAAGAAACACAAUGGGACGUUAUCAAGGGAUACCUUGUGGUUCCUGGACUCGACAACCACGAGACACAUUCAUAUCUCCCAAGAAGUACACCUAUCAACAAGUCGUGGACAGUUGGUCAUCCACUCUCAACUAUUUCCAGGCAUUCGGACGCGCCGCCGAGAUGCCUCAUCCCUCACUUCCCCGAUGAUCCCAAAUCGCGAUAUCUGGAUGAGCUUGAUGACGAGAUCACGGAGGGACGGGGCAAGAAUAGUGGUCAGUGGAAGAGCGUGAAGACCAUAGAUCAAUUCUGGGACAUGAUGGCUUUCCGACAAGAAUGCUCAGCCGGAAGGUUGGUUGGGUUCAUAUGGAUAGUGUUUUCACCAAAGGCCCAGCGUGAUCCGAACGCAUCUGUUCUUGGCGAUAGUCAAACAUCGGACUUGAGUGUGGAUAGCCAGACGGACAUCGAAUCUAGCCAACCUGGAUUGGCUUCUUCCCCACUUACUUCGUUCACCGCCUCAAGUCAAGUAUAUCCAACAAGCUCGCCAUUGAAGCAACGUGCCUUCGAGGAAUUCGAAUCACAGCAAUCAUCGAAGCCGCGGUCUCCCAAGGAAAAGAAGAAGAAGAAGCUGACUGGGCCUAUCAUUUCGAGGCAACCAAGAAUAAAGACCGAAAACAAGAACUACCUCCUUGACAGACUUGAGAAUACUGCUUACUAUGCUUGGCCAGCUGAAGGCCGAGCCCAAAUCAUUGUUGACGAAUUAGACUACAAGCGCGUCACCGAACUUCUUCUUCGUCUCGACUUUGCGAACCUUGAGCUUGCGACCUCCAGCUCAAAUAGAUGGAUCAACGAAGUUCGCUCUGAAGCUUGGGGAGAGAUGAGAGAUGCUUGGGGUCAGGUCGUCACUGGUACCAGGCCUGUUCAGACUCGGACCGAGACUGUUGGAUCGAGUGUCAAUUCCCUCAACAUGGGUCUUAUGAGGAAGAAGCGAAAAGGCGACGAGUCAAAAACAACGAGUGAAAGCUGUGCGCCUCAAGUUAAUGUUCUCUCGGUAGUAUACUAGUGUUCGGUGGCUCGGUGCCUAAGGGCGAACUGGGUGGCAUAUGGACGUCUUCGCACUUAGCCAUAUGGCUCCCCGACACCCUCGUCUUUUGUAAAUUUGCCAUCCAUAUGGUAUUCAGUCAAAUAGUCGAUACCUAUUUUUACCCCUCGGACGAUAAUUAU